AUAAUUGACCUGGUUUUAGACUAAACACAAUAAAUUGUCUCAUUUUGUUUGGUACUUUCUUUUUUUUUUUGCAACAAAAGUACCGACUGGAUUCCAAAAAAUAAAAAAAUGGCAGCAAUAUUUAUCACAUUAACGCUUGAUCUCUCAGAUUAAAAAUCAUGAAGUUAUAUCUUUGGAGUAGCCAGUAGUUCCUUAUCACACAUUUUUUUUAAUCAGGCUUCUUUCAUUAUGUUUUCUCAGCUGCGUUCAGGGACGCAUAACAGUUUCUGGGUUUAAGACUCACUGAGCACAUUUUAUGGUUAUACGACUGGGGAAAUUGCAUCAUGUUUUUCAGGAAAUUAGGAGAGUAUGAAGCCUACAUACUCAGAAGAAUAACAACAUUUUCACAAAUGGGGAUCCUGUCGUACCUGUGGUGAUGUAAAUGUAGUUUCCAUGAAAAAAAUAAACAACUUAAUAUGUAUUUAAAUUUAUUUUGAUAAAAGUCACUUUUUACAUAUGAGAUGUUUUGUCAUUGAAACAAACGUUUGUCUUCGGUAGCCUGAACCCAACAGCUGCUGCCUAAACCUGUCUUAAUUAGAAAAUGUUUAGUCAAACUGCAACACAAGAGGCUGGGAAAUCUGAUAGUGGAAAUGCAUGAUAACAGGAGCAACAGCAGCACAGAGAGGAAAAGUGACUGAUGAUCCAAAGCAAAGAGAAACCCUUAGUAAUGAUAUUAAAAAAAAAAGGAACAAUGAGACAUGAAACACAUUUAAAUGUUUUCUUAAGAAUUUUUGCUUAUUUUAUUUAGGCACACUAACUCUGGUGUGAGCAGUUUUUAAUUUGAGUUACAACAAACCAAAAAAGGGUAAAGAUCUUGGCCGGAACAUUUCAGUUCCCAAAACUGUAAUCAUGACAUUUCUAACUAUUUACAAUGAGCAUAGAAACCGAGAAGACUUUUGUAAAAGAAAACUCAACUCUCACAGUCUGGCUGUGAAAUGUUUUUUCACUUCAGAGGGAAAAAAAAAAAAGAAAACCAGUCAUUAUCAUGUACGCUGUAAUAUUUGCUUGGUGGUGCUUAAAUUACAUCAGACUUUAUCUGUAGGCAGAUUUGAAAAGUCUUAACAGACAAGUGGAUCCCGCCUUGCUGACGGGGGGAAAUCUGCACUCUUUAGGCUGGUUAUAAUGAUUCAUGAGACUCAGGACAACCUUUGACACCAGGACUGUUUGCUAUGUAUGCUUUGUGUCUGCAAGCAGCAGGCGAGAGGUAAUUCAUUACACCAAUGGUGUGAUGUCUUCUGGGCUCACAUAGAAAUUGCUGCUGCAGAGAGGAAGUUUGCUCACAGAACAUGGCAGGAGCACCGUCCAGCCCUCUGACCACUUGCGUGGUGAACACAAGUGACGGCGUGCCCGGCGCCAAGAUCGCCCUGAGCUUGCAUCGACUUGACACCAACCUGAUGAUUUGGACCAUGAUUGGUGUUGGGACAACAAAUGAAGACGGCUGCUGCCCAGGACUGAUCAGUCAGGAAGCGUUCGUCCCCGGCAUGUACAAGCUGCGUUUUGAGACUGGUUUAUAUUGGGAGCGACUGGGAAAGACGUUAUUCUACCCCUAUGUAGAGACUGUGUUCACCAUCCAGAACCCAGCACAGAAGUUUAAUCUCCCUCUGCUGAUGAGCCCCUUCUCCUACAGCACCCACAGAGGGAACUGAAGCUCGGACGUGGCAGGCAGCCUUCUCUGCCGUCACAUUUGCAUUUUAGCGAUAUCGUGUCUUGCUUACAUUCAGGUUUUUCUGGCCCCUGAUUCCCACCGCCUCUUGGUUCUUGUCGUUUUGUUUUGGCACAGAAUGCAGUGUGCACAGUUAUGAAUCAACUGUGUAACAGAUUCUGCUUCAGCUUUGUUUACUAAAAGAGAAGAGCUACAGCAUCUGAGGGCAUCGGCAUUGGAGAAUUUAAAAUCCUUGAGGGACCUUCUGCAACCUGUUUCCUAAAGACGACAGAAGUGAGGCAGAACUGAGACAGCAAAUGACGUCCAUUUAAGGCUUGCAGCAUGCAGGACCCAGGUGUUGCUCCAACAUGCAUGGAGGCUUUGUGUUCUUUUCUUUCUAUUUUAUUUCCUCCCUGUAUGGUAAUUAAGCUGGUCUUCUCAUAGAUACAAGCAUAAAGUUGCAAAUUCAGAAGUAGCUGUAACUGUCUUUUUGAAUAAAUUCUGUCUUUCGUG